AUUAUGUAGAGAGAAUUUUCCACUGGUUUGUGGCGUAAAAUUGUUCCACUGACCAACCCCGGAAAGUAGCAUCGUCCUGCUGCCUGCUUAUGCAUUUCUGUAUAAUCACGAAUUAUGUCAUAGCUCGUGUUUUACAUGCCUAAACCCCUCUCAUCUCAUCCCCCAGAGGUUUCAGUGUGAGUACAGCAGGGAGACUACAUGUUUUUAAGCCUGUGUCAGUCCAGGCCAUGUGGUCUGCCCUCCAGGUGAUGCACAAAGCAUGUGAGGUGUCCCGCAGAUACAACUAUUUUCCAGGAGGGAUGGCCCUUACAUGGGUUGGCUAUUAUGAGAGCUGCAUCUCCUCAGAGCAGAGCUGUAUCAAUGAGUGGAAUGCUAUGACAGAUCUGGAGACCACACGGCCUGACUCGCCAGUCAUGUUUUCUGAUCAGCCAACAGAGAGAGAGAGAACAGAGUGUAUGAUCAAAGCCAAACUCCGAAACAUAAUGAUGUUUCAGGACCUGGAAAAUAUUACUUCUAAGGAGAUCCGAAAUGAACUGGAACAACAUAUGAGCUGCAACCUGAGGGAGUAUAAAGAGUUUAUUGACAAUGAGAUGCUGCUUAUCCUGGGCCAGAUGGACAAGGCUACACUCAUAUUUGACCAUCUGUACCUGGUAAAGCUUCCUCCAAGAUUUCUCUGCCAUCCAUGUUUGAUUCUUGUUUGCUUAAGAUGUUUGCUUACCUAAAAAGCAAAGCACAUAGUGUGAGUUCACUGAUAGGGCUGGGAGGAAAAAACCAAACCUGCAUGCAUGCACUAAUGCAUUGCCCUGCUUUCUCAGACGAUUCUGGAUUAAUCCGCAGAAAAAAAAAUCCUUCUGGUUAUUGAAAACACCAAAACAUUACAGAUAAGUUCA